AAAAAAAAUUUUUUUUUUUUUCCUCUAAUUUCUGAUUCACAAAUGUUGAAGAAUUUAAGAUUCGUUCGUGUCCAAGCCAAACCCAUUUUUCGUUUACAAAAUCGUUCAUUCAGCAUUGUUUCAUCACAUUGGCAAAAGUAUAGAAUUGAACGAGAUACAUUUGGUGACAUUGAAGUUCCUGCGGACCGUUAUUGGGGUGCGCAAACUCAAAGGUCACUCAAGAAUUUCGAUAUCGGUGGUCCAACCGAACGUAUGCCUGAACCUUUAAUUAAGGCAUUCGGUAUAAUAAAGCGAGCUGCCGCUACUGUAAAUGCUACUUAUGGUCUUGACCAAAAAAUAGGUGAAGCUAUCGUUAAGGCUGCGAACGAGGUAAGCAAGGGAGAUCUCUUAGAUCAUUUUCCUUUGGUAGUAUGGCAGACAGGUUCUGGAACACAAACAAACAUGAAUGCAAAUGAGGUUAUUGCAAAUAGAGCUAUUGAAAUAUUAGGUGGCCAACUUGGAAGUAAAAGUCCAGUUCAUCCCAAUGAUCACGUGAAUAUGAGUCAGUCUUCAAACGAUACUUUUCCUACAGCCAUGCAUGUGUCCGCAGCAAUCGAAAUCAACGAACGUCUACUACCGGGAUUGACACAAUUGCGUGACGCGAUUGCAGAAAAAUCCAAAGAAUUCGCAAACAUCAUUAAAAUCGGAAGAACUCACUUGCAAGAUGCUACACCGCUUACUCUUGGCGACGAAUUCUCUGGAUACGUACAACAAUUGACAUUUGGUAUUGAACGUAUUAAAACAACAUUACCAAGGUUAUAUUAUUUGGCACAAGGUGGUACGGCUGUCGGAACUGGGUUGAAUACUCGUAAAGGAUUUGAUGUUAAUAUCGCAAACGAAAUCGCGAAGAUAACCAAUUUACCCUUUCAAACGGCGCCUAAUAAAUUUGAGGCUCUGGCAUCUCAUGACACUAUAGUUGAGGUUAGUGGAGCUCUUAACACUGUUGCUGUUUCCUUAAUGAAGAUAGCCAAUGACAUACGUCUUCUUGGUUCUGGACCUCGUUGUGGUUUUGGUGAACUUUCACUUCCCGAAAACGAGCCUGGUUCUUCAAUCAUGCCCGGGAAAGUUAAUCCAACUCAAUGUGAAGCCAUGACAAUGGUUGCUGCUCAAGUAAUUGGUAAUCACACCACCAUAUCUAUAUCCGGUUCAAAUGGACAUUUUGAACUAAAUGUUUUCAAACCCGUUUUAAUUAAAAAUCUUCUCCAUUCAAUUCGUAUUUUGGGUGAUGCGAGUGUAUCAUUUACAAAUAAUUGUGUUGUCGGAAUCAAAGCUAAUGAAGAAAGGAUUAACAAUAUUAUGCAACAAAGUCUUAUGCUUGUGACUGCUUUAAAUCCACAUAUUGGAUAUGAUAAGGCUGCUGCAGUAGCAAAGAAUGCAUAUAAAGAAAAUUUGACGUUGAAAGAAUCCGCUAUUAAAUUAGGGUUACUCACUUCAGAACAAUUUGAUGAAUAUGUUAAACCAGAAAAAAUGCUUGGUCCAAAAUAAUCUAUUUAUUAGUUGUGGCGCUAUAUAAAUUUAAAAUAAAUCCGAUUUCAAAUAUAUUUAUGUUGGUGGUUUGCCUUAUUGAUUCAUCAUUUCAUUUUUCAUUUAUCAUGUUUACUUCGUAAAAUAAAACAAAUAUUAUUAACGAAAGCGAAUUGGAAAAUACUAGUUAAUUGCAACAAAUCU